AUGCAUUCAGGGGCUAGCGCUGUAGCUAGUUUGCGUUCAAAACGAUAUCAAAUUCUGAAAACGGAUGCAAGCACCCAGUCUCGAGUGCACCCGACCAUUACAGCAAGGCAGAACCAGGUUAAUACUAAAUAUCAUUUCGAACUUCCACCUUGCUGGUAG